AAGGGGAAACACAUCUCCACGAGGAAACAGAACUCCAGACUCACCUCACAGAGGAAAAAAAAACAUCAAAAUAUACAUUUGUAGCACUUCAGCCCUGAACUUAUUUUUCAGAACAGCAUGAAGGUUUUAUUUGUGUUGCUCCUGUUCUGUCCUGCUGCAUCUACAGUGACACACUCGCUGAAAUAUCUUGUCACUGCGUCGUCAGCAAUCCAAGACUUUCCAGAGUUUGUGGCCACCGCGGUGGUCGAUGGAGUCCAAAUUGGAUACUUUGACAGCAACAAGAAGACAGCAGAGGCCUCAGUGGACUUUGCUAAAGAAUUAAUGAAGAUCAAUCCAGUUUACCUGAAGUUGUAUACUCAAAAAUGCCUUGCUUCGACACAAAUCUUCAGAGCCAGGAUUCACAAUCUAAAGGAAGUCUUCAACCAAACCGAAGGUGUCCACAUUCUUCAGCGCUUAAAUGGCUGUGAGUUGGACGACGUCACUGGAAAGGCUGUUUGUUUUUUCCGGUAUGUUUAUGAUGGACAGGACUUAAUAACAUUGGACCUGCAGAAGAUGACAUGGAUUUCUCCAAAGCACCACAUGUCUGCCAGGCAACUUGUAUUGGAAACUGAUGAAGCUAAAGUAAAACAUAAAAUUGAUGACUUCACAGCCGUAUGCUCCAUGUUGCUGAAAACGUUUGUGCAACAUGGAGCGCUCCUUCUGCAGAGAAUAGACCUCCCCUCAGUGUCUCUCCUCCAGAAGUCUCCCUCCUCUCCAGUCACCUGCCACGCUACAGGUUUCUACCCUGACAGAGCCGUGAUGUUCUGGAGGAAAGACGGAGAGGAGCUUUUUGAGAACGUGGACCACGGAGAGAUCCUCCCCAACAAUGAUGGAAGCUUCCAGAUCAGUGAGGAGCUGAACAUUACCUCAGUGAAACCUGAAGACUGGAGGAGGUACGAAUGUGUGUUCCAGCUCUCCGGUGUUAAGGACGAUAUCGUCACCAAACUGGAGGAAGCAGCGAUCAGAAGCAACAAAGUUCCAGGUUCGGGGUUUCCUACUGGUCCGGUCAUUGGAGUUCUUGCAGGACUGCUGCUCCUGUCAGUCUGCAUCGCUGGACUCCUAAUCUGGAGGAAGAACAAACAUGGGUUCCAGCCCGCUAACAGAGAGCAAGGAUCAUCAGAGGGGGAGGCUGAACUCCAGAGAGCGAUGAGUCGAUAAACUGAGAGCAGAUUUUCUCAAACUGAUGAGAAGUGGAGAGAACUGAUGUAACUGAAUAUUGAACCAAGAUGUUCACAAUUCUUAAAACAUGGGUCACAUUUGUUUAUUUCAUUUUUGUCAUUUAGUUUACUUGUUUUGUUUGUUUGUUUGUUUUUUCUUUUCAUUUUCUGUGUAUUGGUUACUAAUGUGUAUUAUGUUUGUCCUGUAGGACCCCCUUGAAAAUGAGAUGAUACAUCUCAAGGGGUUAUUCCUAAUAAAAUAUUUCCUAGUUUUAAAAAGGGAUAGCACCAUGUAACAUGAUUUAGACACAUUUAAAAAGGGUGUGCUUCAGUAAGUGUCCAUUGGAGGGCAACAGCAGCUCUGCUCCACAUCUCCAGGUGUUUAUUUCCUGUCACACUAAGCAGGUGCGUUAUUGUGAAGUACAAAAUAUUCAUAUGAUGUG